GCUGUCAAGAAAGGACCUCAGUUGACGUUCACAAGGUGUGGCUAGGCAUCACAUUGCAUGAUCAGUACACUGUAGGGUGGCCUGAAUCUCAGCCUCUGCUGUUGCUGACAAUGGCAUCUCAUUUUGGAGUUACCGUCUUUUUCUUCUCAGUCUGGAUUGUGGGCUUCACGAUACAGGACACUUUUGAUUUGAAAGAUAUUAUCACUUCGAAUUGCAGAAUUGCUGGUAUAACUGUUGUUCAAGAUAAGAUUAAACGUAAUUUUGAUUUCAACGAAGCAAAAGCAAUAUGCAGCCAGCUGCAGUUAACGCUGGCAGUUAAAUCGCAAGUUGAAAAUGCUAGAACUCACGGCUUUGAAACCUGCAGUUUUGGCUGGGUAGCGGAAGGAUAUACUGUCAUUUCUCGGAUCAUUCCAAAUGUAAAAUGUGGCCAGAAUAAAACUGGAGUAACCAGUUGGAGACACUCGCUAAACAAGAAAACUGGUGUUUACUGUUACAAUGCUUCAGACACAUGGAUUAAUUCCUGCAUACCAGAAAUAAGUACAGUUGCAUUACCAAACAGUUCUACUGAGGUGAAUUCUACUUCAGCUGUCUUGUCUCAGGAUUCUACUUCAGCAGUGGUUCAAACAACUGAGGCACCACAAACCAAAACUCUCCAGAAGUUAUAUCGUGUUAUAUGCGUAACAGAAAUUUUAACACCAAAAGUAACUACUGAAGAGAAGAGCAUAGAUUCCACUGACAAACAAACUGCUUUUAAAAAUGAUGGUGCCUUAUUUGGAGCUGUACCUACUGCUCUGCUUGUACUCGCUCUCAUCUUCUUUGCAGCUGCAGUUGUUUUAGCUGUCUGCUAUAUCAGAAAAUACAAGAAGACAUUUCCAUUUUCUAACAAGGAAGAGAAGAAAGAAGAAAUUGAAACCAAGAACAUCAAAGAAACAAAGGCAAGUGGCAAAACUCUAGAACAGGAACCAAAGAAUGGGAAAAAAGCAGAAGAGCCUCAAGCCAAGCCUGAAUCGCCAGUAAAAUGUUUGGAAGCAGAAGUUUAAGAAAGAGCAUUCAAAUGGACAGUUCUUAGAUGAACAAAAAGCAGAAAAUAGCAAAUAGUUUAUAAAUCAAUAAUUGUAAAUAUUGCCAAAAGUCAGUAUUAUAUCUUUCUAUGCAAACAAUUUGUGCAUUAUACAUUGUAGUUAAACCUUACCAUUAUAAAAUAUGUUGCUCUCCAAAGCAGAAAACUUUUCAUUACAGUAACAGCCAUUCAGACUUUCAAGUGUAUAUAGUAUGGAUAAUAAAUAUCAGAUAUUAGUCUCAAAUUGGCCCCCACUCUGUCAGAAACAAUUUAUUUAUUUUUUAAAUCCUGGUUCAAACAAACACAAAUAGAAAAACCACCCUGUGUGAACUAGGUGGUGCAUCAAAACAACUCCCAGGCAUUUUCUUGACUGUGAUAGCUGCAAAACAAAAUGUUACAAUAGUAGAAAUGACAGCAGGUUGUCUUCUUUUAUGGCCUGGUUCAUUCAAAAAAUUGAAGAAUUCACAUGCAAAGGAGGGGGAAAGGUCUGAUUUACAUGGAGGCAUAAACUGUAGCACAACUACAAAAUGUUCUGUCCAGCCUUUCCUAGAAAAAUAUUCUAAACAAUCUUGUAAAGAACUUACUUUGGGAGGCUUAUGAUUCCACCCUUCUUGAGAUUUCCUAGAUAUGUAACAAAAUACAAAUCACAGACCAUGGACUGCAGACUUGGAAAAAAAAUUACAAAAAUUGGGAUUGUAAAAUCUGUUCCCUGUAUAGCUAUGUCUCCAAACAUGCAAUCUUUAUAUUUACCACAAAGAUAACUAUCAGCGCAAUCCUAUGCAUGUUUACUCAGAAGUAUGUCCCAUUGUGUUUAAUAGAAGUUAUUCUCUAGUGUGUGUAAGAUUGCAGCAUAAGAUCUCAUCAGAAUGGAUGGUUUUAUUUAUUAAGAUUGAAUUGAAAUAAAAUUAGGGCUACAUAAUUAUUUCUAUAUAAUUGCCAGGUAGAUAUGCUUGAAUGUAACAUUUUAAACAAUGAACCAGAUCACAAUAGUUAUGGAAGUCUUUCCCACAAUGAUUAACUUAAUAAAAGCUACAGUAAUAUA